AUGGCGGACACGGAACAGGAAUUUUUCGUUUCUCCUUCAAAACGUCAAAAAAUCGCCCACAGUCGGACGUUUGAGACUGACAUCUUUUCGAAAACUGACGGAGAAUUUAACCAUUACCCCAGUGUCGAAAAACUGGCACAUUAUGACCAAAGUUUUGGGGUAAAUGGCAGUUUUAUAUCUGAAAAAGGAUUGGAAGAGAAUCGCAAUUUGAACGACCUUCGAGUUCCGCCAAUCGAAGGCGAACUCGGACAAGGCGCCGGCGGUAGAUCUGAAGAUCAGUUGUUAGUCACAGGAAAUGGAGUUGGGCCCGCAUCGGUUGAUGACAUGUUGCCACAGUUUCCAGAUAGAAUGACAGAUAUUUCACAAAUUGAACCAAGUUGUAGUCAUUAUCAAACAGAAAAUGAUCCUGGGUUCCUAUCACCUGCUUUUGCUGAUAUUGAUGAUCUGAGUGAUGAAGAUGACAGCGAUGAUUCAUUAUCAGGUCUACGUCUUGGAAGUUGGAAACCUAGUCUUGAACCAGGUUCCAUUAGAUGGGUUGAGAAACAAAUGAUAUUAGGAGCUAACCCCAGAAAUCUUCUGACAAAACUGUUACCACAAAGCACUAUGGUACCACCAGACUUGGAUAACUUCACGAUGUGGAAGAUAAUAAUUAAUAUUCUUAGUGAACCACCAAGGAGGAAGAAACUUACUUAUAUUAAUACUUUUGAUGAUGUAUUACAUCUGUUGAGGACACGAUCCAACAUUGUUGUUCUCACAGGGGCUGGGGUGUCUGUAUCCUGCGGUAUUCCUGACUUCCGAUCAAGAGACGGUAUUUACGCUAGGUUGGCAAUCGACUUCCCUGAUCUUCCAGACCCACAAGCUAUGUUUGAUAUUGGAUAUUUUGAGAAGAAUCCUAGACCAUUUUUCAAGUUCGCUAAGGAGAUUUACCCUGGUCAGUUUCAACCCUCUAUAAGCCACAAGUUUAUGAGUUUAUUAGAGAAACAUAACAAAUUAUUAAGAAACUAUACACAGAAUAUUGAUACAUUGGAACAAGUUGCUGGCAUUACCAAGGUUAUACAAUGCCAUGGUUCAUUUAACACAGCAUCAUGUACAAAGUGUAAAUACCAAGUAAAUGCAGAGGCUAUUCGACAGGAUGUUUUUAAUCAGAUUGUACCACUGUGUCCGAAAUGUAAUUUACCAGAAGACAGCAAACAACUGGCAGUGAUGAAACCUGAUAUUGUAUUUUUUGGAGAAGGAUUGCCUCAAAGGUUUCAUCACCAGAUAGACAAGGAUAGAGAAGAAGUUGAUCUUCUUAUUGUUAUUGGGUCCUCAUUGAAAGUUAGACCAGUAGCAUUAAUUCCAAAUUCCAUUCCAAGUGAUGUACCUCAAAUCUUGAUCAACCGAGAACCACUCUCCCAUGUAUCUUUUGAUGUGGAAUUGCUGGGAGACUGUGAUGUAAUUAUUAAUGAACUGUGUCACAAAUUAGGAGAUGGCUGGAAUCAUCUUUGCACAACUGAGAAAGCACAAUCGGAAACUAAAGACCUUCCAAAGCUUUAUGCAACGCUGCCUACUCCUCCAUAUCUGCCGAGUCUGUUAGCAGACAUUGAGGGCAAGGAUAUGAAUGAUAAGAAACAAACUGAAACUGAACAAGAGCAGCGGAAGUUACCAUCCAGCACAGAUUUGAUAAGGUCUGAUAACUCUGAUAACGAUUGCAAGGAUUCCUCAAAGUCUGUUAUCUCAACUGAUAGUGCGGUAGUUUUGACUGAUCCAGAAGAUGAAGCCCCAGCUGACAGUGCAGUAGUUGAUCGCAGCCGGUCUGCGCUGAGUGAUAACAUUGAUAAUAGCUCCCUCAAGUCCAGUGAAGUAGAUUCUAUCGAUACAUGUAUGUUGACCAGAUCUGAAGACAGCGGCAUGUUCGACUCUCCACAGUGCGUCAACAGCGAAGUGUCUGAUACAGCACAAGAAGAAAAAACGAGUGAUUAUUUGAAAAAUGAGAAGAUAUCCAACAAUUCGGUUGCUGUAACAGAUAAUCAUCGACCAGAAGUAGAUGAAGAAAAUAGCAUGCCGAGUACUGAAAGUCAAUCUAGUUCAUGGUAUCAGUACAGUAUUGCACAGUACUUGACCAAAAACACCUAUCUUCAUAUACCUCCCAAUCGAUACGUCUUCAGUGGAGCCGAAGUGUAUCCUGAUGACUGUGAGGAAUAUGAUUAUGACUACAUUCCCUCAGAGAACGACAGUAGUUACAGUGAAAACACUGACCAGAAUGAACAAAGUGCAAAUACCAGUUACAGCUCAGAAAUAUCUGUAAAUGUAGAAGAGGUGUCUAAAAACAAAAACAUUGAAACAACAGACAAUCAAAUAUUGAAAAAUAAUGGUUUUAACCCAUCUGCAAAAGAAUGUAGAAAGGACUGUGUGUAGAUGCGUGCAUGGAAAAUAAUAAAUUUAUAAAAAUAAAAAAAUUUAUGGAGGGGC